UCCACGUCACUAGGAAGUGGAGCUGACGGGGAAAAGGGUACCAUCGCUCUUUUCACAGGGACCUUUACACAUGUAUACGUUUAAAAUUGGACAUUGAAGGUGACAUCGGAGGACACAGACGUACAAUAAGGUAUUAUCCGAAGAGGGAUACUCAUUGCAAUUUGUUUGGCCAUAAACAAGCUCAGCAGCAAAAUGACGGCUGCAGAAAACGUUUGUUACACUCUCAUCAAUGUUCAGUCGGAUUCCGAGCCCCCGUCCGAAGUCAGCCUCAAAGCUGAUCUAGAGAAGGGAGAGAUCAAAGCGAAGACGGAGGCCCUGAAGAAGGUCAUCAUCAUGAUCCUGAAUGGGGAGAAGUUGCCAGGCCUGCUUAUGACCAUAAUUCGCUUUGUGCUGCCACUUCAAGACCACACCAUCAAGAAGCUGCUCCUGGUUUUCUGGGAGAUCGUCCCUAAAACGACUCCAGAUGGAAAGCUGCUUCAGGAGAUGAUCCUGGUCUGUGAUGCCUACAGAAAGGAUCUUCAACAUCCCAACGAGUUCAUCCGUGGUUCCACUCUGCGUUUCCUGUGCAAACUGAAGGAGUCGGAGUUGCUGGAACCUCUCAUGCCUGCCAUCCGCGCCUGCUUGGAGCACCGCCACAGCUAUGUGCGCCGCAACGCCGUCCUGGCUAUUUACACCAUCUACAGGAACUUUGAGAAUCUGAUUCCGGACGCUCCAGAGCUGAUCCACGAUUUCCUCGUCAAUGAGAAAGACGCCAGCUGUAAGAGAAACGCUUUCAUGAUGCUGAUUCAUGCAGAUCAAGAUCGAGCUCUGGAUUACCUCAGCACAUGCAUUGACCAAGUGCACACUUUUGGGGACAUCCUGCAGCUGGUCAUCGUGGAGCUGAUUUAUAAGGUUUGCCACGCUAACCCUUCUGAGCGAGCGCGGUUCAUCCGCUGCAUCUUCAACCUCUUGCAGUCCUCAAGUCCAGCUGUGAAGUACGAAGCUGCAGGCACUCUUGUUACCCUCUCCAGUGCUCCUACAGCUAUCAAGGCUGCUGCCCAAUGUUAUAUUGACUUGAUCAUUAAAGAGAGUGACAACAACGUGAAGCUGAUUGUUCUUGAUCGUCUGAUUGAACUGAAGGAUCAUCCCACUCAUGAACGGGUUCUCCAGGACCUUGUAAUGGACAUCCUCCGUGUCCUCAGCACUCCUGACCUGGAAGUCAGAAAGAAGACCUUGCAGCUGGCGCUGGACCUCGUCUCUUCUCGUAACGUGGAGGAGUUGGUGAUCGUUUUGAAAAAAGAAGUGAUCAAGACAAACAAUGUCUCAGAGCACGAAGACACUGACAAGUACAGGCAGCUCCUGGUGCGCACUCUCCACUCGUGCAGUGUGCGCUUCCCCGAUAUGGCGGCCAACGUCAUACCUGUGCUGAUGGAGUUCCUGAGCGACACUAACGAGGCGGCGGCUGCUGACGUGCUGGAAUUCGUGCGAGAGGCGAUUCAGAGGUUCGACAACUUGAGACCUCUGAUCAUCGAAAAGAUGCUGGAAGUGUUUCACGCCAUCAAAACGGUCAAGAUUUACAGAGGAGCACUUUGGAUAUUAGGGGAAUACUGCAGCACCAAAGAAGACAUUCAGAGUGUGAUGACAGAAGUACGCAGGUCUUUAGGAGAGAUCCCUAUUGUUGACAACGAGAUAAAGAAGGAGACUGGUGAACUGAAGCCAGAGGAUGAAGUGAGUGCAGCUCCAGCUCAGAAGCUGGUGACAGAGAUGGGCACCUAUGUGACCCAGAGUGCUCUCAGCUCCUCUAGACCCUCAAAAAAAGAGGAAGACAGACCUCCACUCAGAGGCUUCCUGAUGGAUGGAGACUUCUAUGUAGCAGCUUCCUUAGCCACCACACUAACCAAAGUGGCCUUGCGCUACGUUUUAAUUGUUGAAGACAAGAAGAAACAAAACUCGUUUGUUGCGGAGGCCAUGCUGAUCAUGGUCACGGUGCUGCAUCUGGGCAAGUCGUCCCUGCCCAAGAAGCCAAUCACAGACGACGAUGUGGACCGCAUCUCGCUUUGCCUGAAGGUUCUGUCAGAGUGUUCGCCGCUCAUGAAUGACAUUUUCAACAAGGAGUGCCGCAAAUCCCUGUCACACAUGCUGGCUGUCAGAUUGGAGGAAGAGAAGCUGUCACAGAAGAAAGAGUCAGAGAAACGGAAUGUGACGGUUCAGGCAGACGAUCCAAUCUCCUUCAUGCAGCUCACAGCCAAAAAUGAGAUGUGCUCCAAGGAGGAUCAGUUUCAGCUCAGCCUGCUGGCUGCUAUGGGGAACACUCAGAGAAAAGAAGCUGCUGACCCUCUGGCAUCAAAACUCAACAAGGUGACCCAGCUGACCGGCUUCUCUGACCCAGUGUAUGCUGAAGCUUAUGUCCAUGUCAACCAGUAUGACAUUGUUCUGGAUGUGCUGGUGGUCAACCAGACUAGUGAUACUCUUCAGAACUGCACCCUGGAACUGGCCACUUUAGGGGAUCUCAAGUUGGUGGAAAAACCUUCACCUUUAACUCUGGCUCCUCACGAUUUUGCAAACAUCAAGGCUAAUGUCAAAGUGGCCUCUACAGAGAACGGCAUCAUUUUUGGCAACAUUGUCUAUGACGUAUCUGGAGCUGCCAGCGACAGAAACUGUGUGGUUCUCAGCGACAUCCACAUCGACAUCAUGGACUACAUCCAGCCGGCAUCCUGCACCGAUGCAGAGUUCAGACAGAUGUGGGCAGAGUUUGAGUGGGAAAACAAGGUGACCGUGAACACCAACAUUGUUGAUCUGAACGAGUACCUCCAGCACAUCCUCAAGUCCACAAACAUGAAGUGUUUGACCCCUGAAAAGGCGCUCUCUGGCUUCUGCGGCUUCAUGGCUGCUAACCUUUAUGCUCGCUCCAUCUUUGGAGAAGAUGCUCUGGCUAACGUCAGCAUCGAGAAGCCCAUCCACCUCGGGCCGGAGGCGCCGGUCACCGGACACAUUCGCAUCCGAGCCAAAAGUCAGGGGAUGGCUCUGAGCCUGGGUGACAAGAUCAAUCUCUCUCAAAAGAAGGCAAACCUCUAAAACAGCUUGUGUUCUCUUGUGUCAGUCAUCUUAGUCUUUUCAUUUGUGCAGAUUAGUAAAUCACUAUGGUCAGCCACUUCUGCUUUCUUUCUUUUUUUUCCUCUAAUCUCCUCCCAUUGACAGCUGCACCUCUGUUUUCUUUUCUUUUUUUUUUUUGCUUUGUCCUGUAUGAUUUUCAAUAAACAUGUAUAUUACAGUAAAUUUUGCUCCUUUAUUAAAAGUUUGUACG